AUUAAUAAUAUUCCCUAUAAGAAAUAUGUAUACGGAAAGGAUACGUUUUGUAUACAUUUUAUGCCAGCAGAUUUUUUUUUUGUGAGAAGAUUCAGUUUCUUUUUUCUUUUUUGUAGAUCAGUUUGGGAAUUCUUUUCUUUUUGUAGGUUGUUUCAGUUUUGUUGCUUCAGAGUCUUCUUUUUUUGUCAGACAUUCUGGAGUUCUCUUUCUUUUUUUGUAGGAAUGCUGACCUUUGGUGACUUGGACGAUUGCAGAUACUAUAUGAAGGGGGUUUUGUUUCCAAUUAAGUUAGACGUUCUUAUGUUUCUUUUUUUUGUUUUUUUUUUAGGUUGUUUGACUCCAAAUGAACCUGAACUUAUAGAUAAUUUUGGUUGCAAUAGGUGGUUUUAAUAAGGAGGGAAUUUUCAUAAUGUAUUUGUAUUUUGUUUAUUUUUUAUUUUUUAUUUAAUUUAAUAAAGUAAAAUUAGAUUUAUGUAAAUAUAUUAUAGUAAACUGUAAUACAAAUAGUAAAUUCAGUGACCAAAUCGUAUAAAUUUCGUGAUAAAAUCAG